AUGAAGAUUUCAUACGCCUCUAUCAUGGUGCUGCUCUCCAUGACAGCUCUUGCGAUCCCCAAUCCGGAAGCAUACAGCCAAGAUCGGUCCGCACACGCAUUGAACAUGCUUGAAGCGCGGAAGGGCUGUUCCGGCCAGAGAAAGAAUGAGGACAAAUGCUCGGGCCAGCGUCUCGGUCCGAUGAACAGUUUCCACAGCUGGUCAGACAUCAAUUGCCCCCUGAUGACUUCCAGUAGACUAACUUUGUACAUACACAGCAAGAAUAUGGAUGGCAAAUGCUGCGCGAAAACCAAGGAUGGAAGCGGUGCCCUGGAUGCGAGCAGGGGCCAGGGCCGUGAGGACUAUCGGUAA